AUGAAACCCGUAGACGGCGAAAGCCUCCCUGCCAGUGCAAAUUCCGGAUCGUUGAGCAGCCCCGAAGAUGGCCUGCACCAUUUCACUACACCCACUCUGGCGCAUCUGAUGGCACUUUUGGCGCACCCGACAGAUUACUUCCCACCAGCGAAUACGAGUCUCAUCGUGAUCGAUUCCCUUUCGGAACUCGUUGCCUUGGCUUUCCCACGGACAGCCGAAGACUUCCACGAUCAAAAGCAGCAGAAGCGAAGCGAGGCCGCACAAUGGGCUUCUGGCAGACGAUGGGCAGUCAUCAGUGAUCUCACAUCUAAACUUGGGCGACUAGCGGUCACUCGAAACAUUGCUGUUCUCAUCAUCAAUCAAGUCACGACCAGGGUGCGCGCGGACACUGGGGCCUUGCUCUAUUCCGCGAUAACAGGAACAGCAUGGGAAAGCGCAGUUGCGAACCGUGUCUCUCUAUUCCGAGACUGGCUAUGCCAAACAGUCUCGACUAGUCAAAGCAAGCCUCGCACUUCUGUUCGGUUCGCUGGAGUCCUGAAAGCCAAGGGUGCUACGUACGGAAGGACUGGAAAAGUCGUGGCAUUUGUCAUUGAAAAGAACGGCCUGCGGGAAAUCAAGCUCGACGAAUCUGAACUGGCUUCUCUUUCCCCAGAUUUGGCAAACGCAACACUUAAGCGCAAACGAGACGAGACUGCCGGCAGCCAAAGUGGAGCUGAAGACCUAGAAUCGGAAAUCGAGUAUGACUGGGAAGUGGAGGAUCGUACGCUGUUGGGGAACAGUCAUGUCGAAAACGGGUGA